AUGUCACCAUCGCAGCGGAUGGGAAAGAAUCUGCUGGGUUUAGCGGUGCAACACAGGAAGCAAAUGCCCCCUACCCCCCCAGGGAGAUUGGCAAAGGAGGUCAUGCAAACCCUUGCACAGAAUUUGUCCAAUGGUGUGUCCAAGGAUCUCGUCGGAAUGCAGCUCAGUCUCACCAACAUGCAAGCCCUGGGCUUUCCGGAUAUCGAUAAAACCUCCCGCAAGUUUGCAGUAACCAACUACCUGGGGGAAGGGGGCCACUUUGUGACAGUGGAAGUGGUGGAAGAAGGCUCAAGCAAGAAACAAGCCAUGAAACUUUUCACAUUGACUACAGGGUCUAGGGUCAAGCUUGGUUUCCUCGGCCGCCAACUCGCCAGAGCCACGGGAAUUGAGCGGAUAUUAGACGAGACAACGGCGAUGCUGCAGGCGGCGGGCAACACGAAACUGAGUGAGGCGAUGGCUUCUAGGGGUUUACUGCUGGCGUCUGGUGUUGCAUCAAUCCAGGGAGUGCCCUCUGUAAUGGAAUGCCCUUCGGCGUACCUUAUAAACGAAGUAAUACUGAUGGACAGCUUGAGCGGAGACCUGCUGGGCCUCUUCGCCGCGCGGAACCCUCUCCCAUUAGAGAUAAAAGAAUACGCAGCAAAGCGGGUGCUACUGAUAGCGAUGCAUUUGCAGCGCGCGAAUUUCAGCCACAACAACUUUUCGCUAGAGAACAUUUUUGCGCGCGAAGACGGCUCCUUCUUCUUAGGAGAGUUCGGAGCAGGGACCCCCAUUGGGAAGCCGCUAGAAAGGGUGAGGGACGUGACAGUGAAAUAUGCAGACAAGGAUUUGGCUGCUGCUGCUAUGGAGGGCAGAAGGACCGCGCAGGUUGUGCGGCCCAUAGCAGAUGGAAAGUCAGACAUGUGGGCCCUGGGCAUGUGCCUGUACGGCAUAUUCACGGGUGGGCGCAGGCCAUACGGUCUCGCCAAUUCAGAAAAAGCAGCAGAGGAGCUGCAGGCGCUCGCGAGGGAGAAAGUCGACGCAAAGGCUUUAAGGAAGCAGUUGUCUGCUGCCAAGGUGCCUUUGAACUGGCAGGGACUGAUUGUCGAUCUCCUGCAGGUGGAGAGGGCAAACAGAAGCGACGUGGUGACACUCAUAGGCAAGUAUGUCGACCUUAUAUACUAA